ACCAAAACCUACUCUCUUUUUUCCUUGUAUAAAAUCCCUCUCACUUCCUGUCCGUAGCACUAAAACACACAGUGAUGGUGAACCUGGUUGCAGCUCAAAAGCCAUUGUUGCAUGGCCUGAUGAAAAUGGCCGGCAUUCAACCUCACACAAUCGAGAUCGAACCGGGCACAGUUAUGAGCAUUUGGGUCCCCUCUGAAACAAUCCAAAAGCCAAAAAAAUCUAAAACCGCCGAGGUCGCCACCACUGUCAAACCAACGAAACCCGUAGUGGUACUAGUCCACGGCUUUGCGGCCGAGGGUAUUGUCACCUGGCAAUUUCAGGUGGGUUCAUUGACAAAAAAGUACUCAGUUUACGUGCCGGACCUGCUCUUUUUCGGCAGUUCAGUCACUGACAGCUCCGACAGGUCGCCGAGGUUUCAGGCUGAGUGUCUGGCCAAGGGGCUGAGGAAGUUGGGGAUUGAGAAGUGCACGUUGGUUGGAUUUAGCUACGGCGGUAUGGUUGCGUUUAAGAUGGCAGAAUUGUACCCUGAUUUGGUGGAAGCACUGGUGGUUUCUGGUUCAAUUCUGGCUAUGACGGACUCCAUUAGCCAUACAACACUUAGCAGCCUUGGGUUUAAUUCAUCGGCGGAGCUUUUGUUGCCGACUACCGUUAAGGGCUGCCGGGCACUUCUCAAAGUUGCCGCUCAUAAGAAGCUUUGGUUCCCUGAUCGGCUUCACAAGGACUUUCUUGAGGUGAUGUUCAACAACAGAAAAGAGAGGGAAGAGUUGCUGGAAGGUCUUGUGGUUAGCAAUAAAGAUACUAACAUCCCAGAGUUUCCACAGAGGAUACAUCUUCUUUGGGGCAAGAAUGAUCAGAUUUUCAAGCUGGAACUUGCACAGAAGAUGAAAGAGGAGCUCGGAGACAAUGCUACAAUUGAAGGCAUAGAGAAAGCAGGACAUUUGGUUCACCUAGAACGACCAUGCGUCUACAAUAGGCGUCUCAACAAAUUUCUUGCUUCCUUCCAUGCACAUGCAAAUCAAGCCAAAUAUGAAGUUUAAUUCAAGUCUCCACUCAUUUUGCUCCUUAAUUUCCUUUUGUAAAAAUAAUGGAUAUUUAAUUUUUUUAUAUGUCAUAGAACACUAUGACUUUGGUGUAUUAAUUCAUUAUUCAUGCUAUUGAUUGAUGUUAAAAAAGGUUAGAGAAUGGAUUGGUGAGAUUGAUUUAGAUUUGAA